AUGGCAACUAAUACUACCACGACGACUACCAAUGCUGCUGCCUCGACUACCAAUAAUAAUAGAGCAAAGUCAAUGAUGGAUAGAUUAAAAGCAAACUCUAGUUGGAUGUCAUCUAUGAUGGAUACGAUUAGAGAUCCAGCUUCAUCAUCUUCAGUGUCAUUCUCUACUAGAUUGUUAACUGAACAACCAUCACCAAAGGCAACAGCACCAUCUACACCAUUAAGAAAUAGUGCAAAGAGUAUUCCAACUACUACUACUACCACUACAACUAGUACUGAACAACCAUUGGGUAAUCUCAAUGCUGAAUUGUUAAAACAUAGUAAUGGAUCCAAUACUACAGUAACUACUACAGUUGCUAGUAAAGUAUCUGUACCAUCAGCAGUUAUCAAUGUAGCAUCUGUACCAGUCCCAUCACAAACAACUCCAAGUUCAGAGUCUGGUGUAACACUUGAUUUACAUGGCAAUUUAACAUUGGAUAAUAGUAAUAGAGCUCAAUUAAGACAAUUAUUAACUGAUAUGAAAUUAAAGAGACAAUCAAACAAACCAAGUACAAAUACACCAUCAACAUCGACAACUACAACAACUACUGUUGUCACCAAUAAUAAUAAUAAUACAAAGAAUAAUAAUAAUAAUACAACAGCAACAAAAGAGAUUGUUGUUAAAAAAGAAGUACAACCAAACAAAAGAUCAAAGAGUUCGGAUGGAUCGAAAAAGGAUAUUGUAACAAAAAUUGUAGACAAAGAAGAAGAGGAAUCAACAACGACCACAACAACCACAACUAUCAAUGGAAACAACAAGAGAAUUGUUGUCAAAAAGGAACAAGUUGAUAGUGACGAUGAAGAUGAAGAAGAGGAUGAAUAUGAAAAUGGUUUGGAUCAACAUGAUGAUGAUGAUGAAGAAGAUGAGGAUGACGAAGAUGACGAGGAUUAUGAAGAUGAUGAAGAUGAAGAGGAGGAGGAUGAUGAAGAAGAAGAAGAAGAAGAGGAGGAGGAUGAAGAAGAAGAAGGAUCUGAAAAGAAUAAGAUUAAUGGAGAUGAUAUUCAAUUUAGUACAUUUGAUUUUACAACUGGAAAACCUUUACCAUCAUAUCUUACACAACUACGUACCAAACAUAAAAUGUCAAAAGAGGAAUUGUUAAAGAGAGCACAGUUGCGCGAAAAGAUUAUAAAGCGAGCCAAAGAGACUGGCGAAGGAUUAGAGAUUGCACAAACGUUAAAGUGGGCAUCGGCACUAGACAAGGCCAAGGGUGUCAAGAUCAAGGACAAUGUCAAGAUGAUCAAAAAGUCAAUCAAACGUGACCAAAGCAAAAAGUUCAAGAGUGCCAGAGAAUGGAACCAAAGAAAGAGAGAUGCCGAAUCUACCAAGAGUGGUAAAAUUAAAAAGAGAGAAGACAAUAUCAAUGCCAAGAUCCAAAGAAAGAAAGAUAAACGUAUGGGUAUCAAACCACCAAAACCAAAGAAAAACAAUAAUGCAAAGGAUAAAAAGGAUAAAAAGGGUGGUCCUGGAGGAGGUGAUAAAUCAUCCUCAGGAGGCAGUGGUGAUCAAAAGAAGAGAGCAGGUUUCGAAGGGCAAUUGGAAGGAAGGACCGUUUCAUCAAACUGUCUCACCCCCUUUAAUCGAUUCAUUGUUAACAUUUAA